AUGUCUUGGUUGAAAAUAUGGCAACCUAUAAAAGUUAACAGAAGUGACAGGCCAAUACUCGACGACAAUGAGUUUAACGUCUACAUAAAAGAUAAUGUCGGACUAUAUCAAGGAAAGUCAAAGAUUAUUCUACAUCAAAAUGGGAGACUAUACUUAACAAAUAAAAGAGUCAUUUACUUUGAUAACAAUGAUAUCAAGAAUAGCAUUUCCGUUAAUUUAGAUCAGCUCACUUCAGCAGAAUUAAUAGAACGAUUUUUGAGGUCCUCCCCUAAAGUUAAAUUGUAUAUCAAAACUGAGAGUCAGAGCAGUGAGGACAAGUUAAAGAUGGGAUCUGCAAUUGGGUUUGAUUGGGUAUGCAAGAUUUGCUCUUUCAAAAACCAUGUGCCUGGAAACAUACAUGCAGAUAUGGAAGCUCCCAAGUGUAUUGCUUGUGGAGUACCUAAUAAGAAUUUCAUGCAAGACAUUCUGGCCAAAUCUAGUGAGAAUAGCUCAAUCAGUACUCCUAUAGUGUCAACGAAUCCUUGUACUCCAAAUAACGGUUUAGUAGACCCAUCUCCAUCACCUGUGAAUCUGACCCCAGAGCCCGCAUCCUCAACUGAUCGAGUACCAACUGGCCAGUGUCCGACAUGUACAUUCAUCAACCACAAAUCAUUGAAAUUUUGCGAAAUGUGUGGCACCGAGUUGAGAUCCACUACGUUUGAAAUUAAUAAAGCUUUAAAGGACAUCUCGAUCGAAUCAAAUCCCCUCAGCUUGAGAAUUGAAGGAGAAGAGCAAUAUACCAAUAAUCAACCUUAUAUAAAGAUUAGCUUCCGAAAAGGCGGCGAGUCCCAAUUUUUUCAAGAAGUAGCAACCUUAAUAGAUGAGAUCAAAUGGGAAAAUCUACGAAUAAAGGGCGGUGUUAAUCAGAAUUCGAUAAAAUUGGGAAAAAAUAAUGAGCAGGUUAGACCAAAUGGUGCUGGAAUUCAUGCAUUGGAAGCUUUUGGUGAGCAACAAAGAAAGAACAAUGAAAAGAUUCUCAGCUCGUCUUUGGAUGAUUUAGAGCAGUUGAUGUUUAAAUUUGAAGAUUUGAUCAAGCUUUCGAUAUCCUUUAAAAGAUUGCUAGAGAGCAAGGAUAACAACAUUUACAAAAGCAUCCCACCAUUGAGUAUAAAUCGCACAUCAAAGCUAUACCACAGCGAGCUAAGUCGACAUAUGAGUGAAUACUUAACAAGCUUUGUACUCACUAAAAAAUCCUCCAUGAUAACCUUGCCUGACUUGUUUGCUGAAUACAAUCGAUUUUUAGUAAAGUGUUCUGGCUUUGGCUCUGAACUAGUAGAUGUCGCUGAUUUUAAGAAACUGAUUGAUUUGUUUCAAACUUUGAAUCUUCCCGUGGUUCUGAAUAAAUAUGAAAAGAGUGGGAUUGUUGUUAUUCGACCUAAAACCCAUGCCCGUACGUACAGUGAGUUCAUCGUGGAGCUUUUGAAGCAGCAAGAGCAUAGGUAUAAGAGAAGCUUGAUAAGAGCAGAGUUGAUCGAUGACGAUGAUAAUGAUGGACUCAACCAUGAGAAUGGUUGUUACGGGGCCACAGUUUCAGAAAUUUCGCAUGCUAUGAACUGGUCCUAUAGUGUAACUUUGGAGGAAUUGGAUAAAGCUACCGACUCAGCUCAAGUUGUUAUCGAUCAGAGCAUAUCUGGAACAUUUUAUUACGUUAACAAGUUUGCGUACGAUUUCGACUGGGAUGACUCGAAAGAAGUUCAGGAAAUUAAGGAUGAGAUUGUGGAGGAGCAGAAGGAAAUCACAGCAAGUUUGAAAAAUGAAUACGAAAGCUCGCAUGUUUCCAAUUUGCUCAAUCUUAAUACCGAGUAUGAGUUUGGAAUAACAACCGAACAGCCGAAAACUUCCGAUAGUCAAGCUACAUCUUUGGCUAGUCAAUCGCUAAAUGGUUUAGAAGGAUUAGAAUUUUGA